CAUCUGCAUACUCAGCAAAACAAAGAGUUAUCUAAGGCAGCUAGUACUCACCGAGUACAUACUCAGUACAGCUAGUAGCUAGCUAGCUAGCUACCACAUGCAAGAUGUCUGAGACACGGCUGAGGUACGGAUUUCUACACAACCACCACCGUCUGAUCAAGCAGUUGGAGUUAGACAGUCUCCUGCCCCACCUUAUAGCAGAGGGCCUGAUCUCAGUGAAUGAGAAGGAGCUUAUCAAGAAUGAGCCUACAUCAUCACAAGCCACUGACAAGCUUCUAACUAUCCUACACAGACGGUUUAACACAGACUCUACAGUCCUCCAACGCUUCCUAAAGUUACUGGCCGACCCUGAUAUAGUUGCAGGUCAGAACCUGGCUCCACUCGUGCGUCGUAUCCGUCAUGACUCCGAGAGCGAGGCCGUGAGCUCACAGUAUCACUAUGGAGACGGUGUGCUAGUGGAGGACCAUAACGCAACCCUGAGAGAACACGAAGGAGAUAUUGUCAACUCUCUGAGUGUGGGAGAGGUGCUGCCGGAGCUCGUAGCCAAGGGCGUGGUCAGCGCUCAGGAGAAUGAUGAUAUUAGACGAGAUAGCACAACCACUGGACAAGCCCGUCACCUGCUGGGCAUUGUGGAGCGUAGAGGGUCAAACGCUUACAGUCAGUUUGUGAGUGUGCUUAAGGAGUCGGAGACAUACUCUCGUCUUGGGCAGCUGCUCGAGAGCGAACCAGGAGGAGGAGUCAUAAACGAUGAGAAGUAUGUUGAAGAGAUGCUGAUUCGAGGUCAUGUGCCCCCUCGACCAAAGGUCUACCUAGAGAGGAAGGCUCUCACAGACAACAUACGUACACAACUCGAGAAGCUCAAGGAGGGAGACAGGUGGUUGGUGGUUCACGGUAUGGCUGGGUUUGGCAAGACAGUGCUAGCAGCUGAUGCCAUCCGUGAUCCCCACCUCCUCAAGACCGUGUUCCCUGGAGGCGUGAACUGGCUCACUGUGGGACAGAUGACCGACCAGAAUGGAGACGUGGACAAUGCCAAACUUCUCACCAAGCUACAGAACAUCAUUCUGCGACUAGACGAGAUGAAGAACUACCGCCCUCCCAGUGUGGAGGCCGCCACUGACUACCUGCAGGAGGUGAUCAGUAAGCAGCAUCCUAACUCUCUGCUCAUCCUGGAUGAUGUGUGGAGUGCUGAGGUGGCAGCAGCAUUUUCUGUUCGCUGUCGUGUCAUGGUGACGUCCCGUAAUGCCGCUGUGGCCGAGAGGGUCACAGCUGCAGAGUUCUACAAUGUGUCUGUCUCUCAAGGUCUCAACGAGGACGAUGCUAAAGAGCUAUUGGCACAAUUACUGCGUACGAAGGCCACCUCCCUCUCUCCACAUGUGGACACCAUUGUAAAGUAUUGCAGAGGGUCCCCCAUGGCCAUAGCUCUCAUCGGGGCCAUUCUCAAGCGCAACAACACUGAGGCUCGGUGGAAGGAGGUUGCUGAGAGGCUGAAGAAAGGAUUCUUAUUGCAUGCUAAAACCAAAAACACAUCUGAACAGAACUACUCGACCCUGGAGGAGUCCAUCAAGCUUAGUGUUGAGUCGCUGCCAGGAUAUCUUAAGCAGUACUUUGAGAUCUUGGUGACUGUGGAUUAUGAUACCCUAAUCACUCGAGAAGCACUGGACACCAUUUGGGGCACUGACAAAUUUGAUACUGAGGACUACAUGAGAGAGCUGAUUGGCUACUCUCUGGCGCAGUAUGGAUCUCCAAGACAGGGGGACUGUGAUAUGCAGCUGUUACAGUACCAGAUCCACGACUUGGUGCUGGACUACCUCAAGGACUCAACACCGAAGGAGAAACAGACGCAGUUACAUCAGCUGGUGGUCAAGAGGUACGGAGACAAGUGUAAAGGAGCUUAUGCUAAACUGGAGGAUGACAAAUAUGUGUUUCAGAAGUUCAUGACCCAUCUGGCGGCUGCUGGCUACUACGAGUUGCUAGGUGACCUGAUGACACAGCUGCGAUGGCUCAUGUCCAUGGUGCAAUAUGGAGACGCUAACACCUACCUGGCCAACUACAGGCACUAUAGGAGCGAGAUACCUGAGCAGUUUCAGACGAGUGCCCGUCAUUUUGAAAUGUUCCUGUCUGGUCACAUGUACCGUCUGGCCAAUGAGGCGACAGUUGACGACAUCUUGCAGCUAGCUCUGUUGCUGCCAAACAGUAGUGCCGUCUAUGAACAGGCCACUACUAUGACAACCGCCUCUAUUGGCAGGAAGAGAUCAUGGUUUCGUUGGAACAACAAACAGUCUGACCCAGAGAAGUAUGCCCUCAAGCUAAAGCUCCACCAUCACGGAGUGGCUAGCUGUACGUUCUCCUCUGAUGAGAGCAAGGUCCUCUCCUGUGCUGGCAAUGAAGUCAAGCUAUGGGAUGCCACGACCGGUAUGGUACUGGCUGACUACAAAGGCCACACCGACGAUGUGACCUGUAGCGACCUAGCACCCUCAGGCAAAUAUGUUGUCUCCUGCUCAGAAGACUGCACUGUUAAGGUGUGGGAUAGUCGCAAGAAGACAGUGCUGAUCAACUUCAAACAGCACUCGUUUGGUGUUCAGUGUUGUGCCCUCUCUCCCGAUGAAACACUCGUACUGUCAGCUGACGUGGACUCUGUCAUCAUGGUGUGGUCAGUGCGUACCGGGAAAGUACAGUCCAAGUGGCGCAUCAGUGCUCUGUCCCCUGCUAUAACCCCCGGAAAAGAGGUUCUGAUGGAUUUCAGUACCCCACCCCUCCGCAGUAACACACAGGACAGUCAGGGAGGGGGAGAGGGUGUGGAAAGCUGUGCUUUCUCCCCAGGGGGUGAGAAUAUCAUCACCUCCUCUCAGAAUGGAGCUGUCAGGAUGUGGGACUUGAAUGGCAAGAUCCGAGGCUUGUUCUCUGGACACACUGGACACGUUCGCUGUUGUGUCUUCUCUCGCGAUGGAGACCUCCUCGCCACUGCCUCACUAGACAAGACUGCAAAGGUGUGGAAUGUGCUGACUCAAGAGUGUGACGUAACCAUUGACAACGAAGCAGCGAUACUGUCAUGUGACUUCUCUCCUGACGGCAGCCGCCUCCUCACAGGAGACACUGAGGGGUCUGUGAAGGUGUGGUCUCUCCCCCAAGGCCGGCUACUUCAGGACUAUCCUGCACACAUGGACUUUGUCUCCUGUGUCCUCUACUCUCCAAGGUCAAAGUUCAUACUGUCAGCUGCUGAUAACGGACUCAUCAAGAUCAUGUGGAUGACAGACUACGAAGAGGACGAGCCUGAGCCUAGUCAGACCACCCCCCUUUAUCACCGUCGAUUCUCCGUAUACUUCCGCCGGUCAGGGUCAGAGUUCGAGCCUAUCAUAGUCUGCUAUGCUACCAAAGAGAGGAAACUACAGGUGGUGGUCGGUGUGGAUGCAGAGGUGGUGAUCUCCUGUCUACCCAUUGUCUCAGGGGUCACUCCACGAUCCUGGGUCAUCUCAAAUGAUGGCUCUCUGAUUGCCAUUGGUUACGAAGAGGGAAUGAUUCAGGUGUUGUCUCUGAAGGAGACAGUGUCUGGGAAAUGGGAGUCCAAGGAGGUGUGGCGUAAAAACAACUCCCACUCAAACAACUCCAUUGUCAAGAUCUAUUUCUCUCCUAAGAACAACAAGUUCAUCACAUGCUCGAAGAUGUCACACAAGGUGUGGUUAGCGCUGGAGGACCGUGAGUUGAGUUCCUGUGAUGGGCGUGGUCUUGGGGUGUGUCCCUGUAUGUUUUUCAACGAUAAUGUACGAGCAGUGUCUGCCAUGGAAGGGUCGGUACAGAUAUGGAACACGAACACUGGGGCUGCUGUGAGUACAUUUGCUAACACCGUCACGUCAGAGCACAGUAUUCUAUGUGUGACACUCUCUAUCGACAACAAGAGGCUCGCUGCAUCCGCCACCAAUGGAGCUGUCAUGGUGUGGGACGUUGGUAGUGAGGUGUUGAUCUACCAGACGGACCUUCCCUCGGACUACCUCUCCUCGUGUGCCCGGUCGUGUGCCCUCUCUCCCGAUGGCUCUCUUGUGGCAGCUGGCUUUGAUGACGGCUCUCUACAGAUAUGGAAUGUGGACAAGUGUAAGCCUGUGAAGCAGUGCCCCACCGAAUCUGACUACUGGUUGAUUGAUUUGGCCUUCUCUCCAGAUGGCUCCACCAUUGUCACCCUCUCCGACAGCAUUGAGUGGUGGCGUGUUGACGGUAGCCAUGCCAAGAGAGUGAUGUUGAAGGGAACUUUUGGGAAGUACAUUCGAUUCUCCUCAGACUUCAUGACCUUUGUCACGAUAGACAAUGCUGGACUACUGUACAUUUUCACCACGCUAUUGCAAGAUUGAUUGACUUUUGUAAAUAACUUUCUGAGUUACAUGUACUGUUUCAAAAUUAUUGUUUUUUGUCGUAAUCCAUGUCUGCAUAGUGAUAUAUAGGUUUUUAUUUGAGCAAAUACGUUUAAUUGUUAUUCAA